AUAUUUAUGAAGGCAAUGAUAAGCACACUAGUUUAAUUGUUAACGUGACAUGAUCCUAAUACCUUUUAUUCCUAUUCCUUCAUCUAUACAUAAACCUCACUACCCAUUUAAGUUAAUACCCCAAAUCAUUAUUUCCUCAAAGCAAUCCAAGCCUAAAUCCUGUUAGGGAGAUGGAUUCUGAUCCUAGUGUUCUGUUUGAGGCAGAGAAUGAUGAUGAUACUUUCUAUGCUGAGAUUAAGAGGCAGAUUCUGCUAUUGACAUCUGAAGACAACGAAGAUUUGCAAGAAACCAGAGAUUCAAACCCCUUUAGUGUUACUAAAGGUGGUUCAAACAUUUCAGCUCAUAGUUCCAACAGUGAAUCAUCACCACCAAGAAGCAAUAUUAGUUUGUGGGAAACAGAGUGCUCUGUUUCACCCCCAGUUUGGCUAGUGAAUUUGUGGGGAAAAGGUAAUAAAGGCACUGGAGUGUUCAUUCCCCAAGCCGCAUGCAGGAAAAACCAAAAGCCAGGAAGAAUGAACAACAGGAGAAGGAAAAUCUAUAGACAAGUGGUGAAUAAGGAUUGAAGAACAUUUGCUCUGCUACCGGAAAUUGAAUGCUGUAGCUUACUCAUUAUAUAUAGCUUACAUGAUGAUGAUUCUUUGUAUGAUACAUUAAAGAUAGAAAAAAUUGCAGAAGGAAAGAGGGAGAAAAGGCUGUGGAAAAAUUUAUUUAUUUUAUCUGAUAAGAUUUCUUCAACUUCCGUGAUAUUUAUGUACAGAUUAUAUCAUUAUUUAAGGGAAGAAAAAAAUAGAAAUUUGUUUCAUGUAAUUUUCUAAUCAGCAAUGCCCUAUGUUAUGAAGGAAAAUGGCAGGAAAUGCUUAAGUGCAAAGCAAAUUGUGUUAUUUGACAGAAAUCAUGGAGUAAUGAGGGAUGACUACCCCUUCUUGUGUUUCA